AUGCUUCGACGUUCCAUCUACAGUCAGCAGCGCGCUCUCGCGCAAUCACUAUCGCGGACAACGCAGCCGCAAAGAUCCUCAUUUUCCUCCUUCUCCCCCAUACCCUCGCGCACAUCACCUAUUGUUUCCCAACGAUUACAGCGGAGAUGGCAAUCGACAGAAGCAGAAAAGAAGUCUGAAGAGGCCCCAAAUACCACUGCAGACGCUGCCAAACCGGAAGAGGAUCCGGUGAAGAAGGAGCUUGAAACUAAAUCGAAAGAGGUCGUUGAUUUGAAGGACAAAUAUAUGCGCUCUGUCGCAGAUUUCCGUAAUCUUCAAGAACGGACACGUCGUGAGAUCGAAAGCGCAAAGCAGUUCGCCAUCCAACGUUUCGCCUCCGACCUGCUAGAUUCCAUCGACAAUCUCGAUCGAGCACUGUCAGCUGUUCCUGAGCAUGCACUCAAGUCGGGAGAGGCUGCAACCUCGAAUACCUCUUCUGCCGAUCCAAAUGUCGCCGCAGCCACCGAGACAUCUUCGGGCACAGCGCCCAACCAGGACCUCGUGAACCUGCAUUCUGGUCUGAAGAUGACAGAGGAUAUCCUCAUGAACACCUUGAAGAAGCACGGUCUAGAACGAUUCGAUCCCCAAGAACGCGAAGGCAAGAAGUUCGACCCCAAUCAGGAUGAAGCAACCUUCUUUAUGGCUCAGGAGGGCAAGUCGGACAACGAGGUCUUCUUUACCCAAAGCAAGGGAUUCAAGCUCAACGGGCGCGUUAUCAGAGCUGCCAAGGUUGGCGUUGUGAAGAAUUCUUAG